AUGGAAAUGCCUCGCGUCCCCGUCAACCUCGUCACCGCAAAGCAAGGCGAGAUCCUCAAGCUCGGCCACAUAACCUGCCGCAUUCAAGAAGACGGUUCUCGCACCGACAACCGCAUCGGCUCCGCAACCUUCACCCUGCCCCCGCAAACCGCCGGCCCACCCGCCCACUGGCACGAAAUGCACGACGAGACCUUCCUCGUCACCAAGGGCGUGGUGCGCUUCCACGCCCCGGAUGGCAAGGUCAUCGACGCUGCCGUCGGCGACUACGUGACCGUGCCCAUCCGCGCGCCGCAUACGUUCUCGAACCCGUUUGAUGAGGAGGCCGAGUUCUUCAAUACGUACACGCCGGCGUUUUAUAUCAAUUACUUCAAGAUGCUGGCGAAGAUGCAGGAGGGUGAGCAGAAGAUGAGCGCGGAGAAGAAUUUGCAGGCUAUGGCGCAUUUUGCGACGAUGCCGGCGAAGGGGAUGUAG